AUUUAGUAUUUACCAUCUCCCUUCCCCAAAUUCUAGUAGUUUGCUUUUUGGAUCGGUAAAUCGGAAACUCGAUCUCGUCUCCGAUUUGGAUGUGAUCGGAAGAUCAUAUUUGGAUGAGAUUAUGCAAAGACGGAGUCCACCGAAACAUAGACACGAUGGAACAUCGCCGCUUCCACUGGGAAUGGACUGGAGUCCUCCGCCGCGUAUUUGGAAUGGUAGAGAUACAGUUUGGCCUCAUGAUUUUCGAACUGGAUGGAGUUAUUGUGUCACUAUACCAUCAUGGACACUUCUUUCAAAAUCAAGAAAGUCUGAUCCUAUAGUGUUUUACAGGGUUCAGGUAAGUGUGCAAUCUCUAGAAGGUGUUACUACAACGCGAGGAAUUCUGAAGAGAUUUAAUGAUUUUCUAAAGCUUUUAGCAGAUCUCAAAAGAGCAUUUCCUAAGCAAAAUUUUCCAUCAGCUCCUCCUAGAGGAAUUCUGCGUGUCAAAAGCAGAGAAAUGUUAGAAGAGAGAAGGUACUCUCUGGAGGACUGGAUGACGAAGCUAUUAUCUAAUAUAGAAUUGGCUAGAAGUGUUGUAGUUGCAUCCUUCCUCGAACUAGAAGCUACUGCUAGGUCUGCAUGCCAAGUUGUAGAUCAGAAUGCUUCUGAUUCCAAUGAUGAUGGAAAUAUCACAAUCUUACCGUCUCUGGUUCACCCAAAUUUGAGCUUUUUACAUUCUGGUGGCAGUUCUUUGCUCUCAUCUGACUAUAGCAGCGAUACUGCUUAUGAAACAUCUGAGCUUGGAUCAGCAAGUUUAGGUCAGGAUGAUGUUUCUGAAACUGGUACUGGAGAUCUAAUUUUGGAUGAAGAUCUGACAAAUCCAACAGAGAAGCUCGUCAAGUUUACCAUGUCCAACAUUGACAAGGGACUGAGUAUGAGCCAAACUAUUAUCGAGCAGCUAGAUGAUUUUCCUAAGCACAGAGUCCACUUAGGAUAUGCCAAUGAUAUCACAGAGGCAAAUUUGUACAAUGGAAAAGCUUCUAAAGGUGUAUUUCGAGCAAACGACGACUUACGACGUCUCUCUGAAUCAGAAACAAGUCAAUCAGUGAUGCAUGAUAGAAAGCUUUCUGCUGAGAGCACUAACGAGUUUCCAUCACUAGCCGGUGAGACAUCAAUCUCUGGUAUCCAGCUGGAUGUACAUCAUGGUAUAUCUGUUGGUAACCUGGAGAUGCCGGGUAGUGGACGAAUAGUUCUCCCGCUGAAAAUGCAUAAUAAAUUAAAUAGGAUUCUAUUAACUAUGAAUGAGAGACUUCUCAAUUCAAAAACAGACAUGGAGGAUCUUAUAGCGAGACUAAAUCAAGAGACAGCGGUGAAGGAAUAUCUGAACAGAAAGGUUGAUGAUCUGGAAGUGGAACUUGAAACUACUAAACAGAGAAACAAAGAGAAUUUGGAACAAGCUUUGAUGACUGAGAAGCAGAGUGUUACCCAGAUGCAGUGGGAUAUGGAAGAAUUCAGGCAAAAAACUUUUGAGAUGGAACUGAAUUUAAAGUCAAAAGAGGAUGGGAGCUCACAUGGUAAGCCUUCAGGAAACUCAACAGUCGGUGAGAGCCAUGAGCUGAUACAAGAAAUGGAUGCCACAAAACAGCAACUGGAAGAUCUUUCUAGACGGUAUGUUGAACUGGAGUCAAAAUCAAAGGCAGACAUAAAGGUGCUUGUCAGAGAGGUCAAAUCCCUGAGACGUUCACAUAUGGAGCUAGAAAAGGAGCUGUCUCGAUCUCUGACAGAGAGGUCAGACACUGAGAAACUCCUCCAACAGGAAAGGAAAAUAGUCGAGAACAAGCUAGAAGCAAGAAAAAAGUUGGUUAGUGACUGCAAAAUUCUCCAUGACAGGCUUAAAGUCAACAACACAAACUUGUCAAUGGGUGAGCAGUGUAACUUGAGAGAGGACUUAUCUGACUGAAGUAUCAAAUGCCUUGCAAGGUCAGAUUGAGGUGCAACUGCUUUUAGGGUUUGAUGAGACUGCUUCUGAGGAUGAACUGAGGAAGAUGAUGGCAGAUAUAUAUGCGGAGAAUAUCAACAUGAAAAGCAUGUGAGUUCCGCAAUGCGGGUUACAAGCUCUCUGAAAGAUGAAAAUGAAAGACAUGAAAGGUGAAGAGAAAGAUAGAAUAUAGUUAUAUAGAUAGAGGGUAUUGUAUAUGUACAGAGUAAACUCAAAACCCAUUUAGAUGGAAAUAAUGGUGGUUAUGUGUAGAGAAGAAAGUUGGUUAGUGAUGUAAUCCAUUAUUGUGAAUUUGUGAUUCAGAUUCUUCUUAAAUCUUAAUGUAAUUAAUUAAUCUAAA